CAACACUAGUCACCAACUUAUCAUAACUCUUCAUCCAUUUUCUCUCUCUAAAAGUCACCAUUUCUACCCAAAGGAUUUAAUUUUGAAUGUGAGCAAGGACAAAAGAGAAAGAAAGAGGGAGAAAGAGCUUGAGGAAGGGGUCUAAGCAGAUCUGCAACAAAUACUCUCAGACAGUGAUUUCGUUCCCCGUAGAAUCUACCGGCAGCCACAGUGACGGAGGAGAGAAGCGGCGGUGUUGGCCGCAAAAACGAUGCAAAACCAGCUAUGGUCUUUACCUCUAACGAUAUAUCAAAAUGGGAAAAUUUUCCAAAGGGACUUAGAGUCCUUCUCCUCGACUGUGGCGACGGCAUAUCCGCCGCUGAGACGCGAUCAAAGCUUGAGUCCAUGGACUAUAUAGUCACUACGUUCACUGAUGGAACCGAAGCUCUCUCUGCGGUUAUGAAAAGCCUGGAGAGCUUCCACAUUGCAAUAGUGGAGGUGAAUACAAGUGACGAGAACGAGAGUUUCAAGUUUCUUGAAGCUGCUAAAGACCACCUUCCUACUAUAAUGAUUUCAAACGAUCAUUGCAUUACAACUACGAUGAAGUGCAUAGCGCUUGGUGCAGUUGAGUUCCUUCAGAAACCGCUCUCACCGGAGAAACUAAAGAAUAUUUGGCAGCAUGUCGUUCAUAAGGCAUUUAAUGAUGGAGGAACUGAUGUUUCCGAAUCACUCAAGCCUGUUAAAGAAUCUGUUGUCUCGAUGCUUCAUCUCGACACCGAUAUGACCAUUGAUGAGAAAGAUUCAGCACCAUCAACACCGCAACUAAAACAAGUUUCACGGUUACUAGACGGUGGCGAUCGUCAAGAGAACAUAAACUCCUCCACCGAGAAAGAGAAUAUGGAAGAUCAAGACAUCGGUGAAUCCAAAUCAGUCGACACUACAAAUCAUGACAACAAUGUGAUUGUCAAAGAAGAGAAAGAAGAUGGUGGAACCGGAGAUAUGAAAAGUGAGAAGACAGAUUCAGUUAAGUUUCAGAAGAAAGAAGAUGAGACUACUAAACAUAACAAUAAAUCAACCGGGAUCAAGAACUUGUCUGGUAACAAACCAAGUCGAAAGAAGGUGGAUUGGACACAAGAGCUGCACAAGAAGUUUGUGCAAGCGGUAGACCAACUUGGUGUCGAUCAAGCGAUACCUUCACGGAUUCUUGAACUGAUGAAAGUAGACGGCUUAACGCGACACAAUGUAGCUAGCCAUCUUCAGAAAUUUCGGAUGCAUAGGAGGAAUAUUCUUCCAAAGGAGGAUCAUAACCAUAGAUGGAUACAAUCCAGAGAGAACCAUAGACAAAUCCAACGGCAGUAUAAUGGUUUUCAGCAACAACACCGACCUGUAAUGGCUUAUCCCGUUUGGGGCCUUCCCGGUGUUCAUCCGCCUGGAGCAGUUCCGCCUCUGUGGCCGCCGCCACUGCAAUCCUCCGGUCAACUACCUCCGUGGCAUUGGAGACCACCUUAUCCAACGGUAAACCGUAAUGCAUGGGGUUGUCCGGUUGUACAACCGGUAACCGGAACAUUCAGUUCUCCUCCAGUAACCGCAACAUUUACUACUCCUCCAGCGACUCAGCUGGAUGAGGAAAUGGUUGAUCAAGUGGUUAAAGAAGCGAUCAGCAAACCGUGGCUGCCGUUACCGCUCGGGCUAAAACCACCAUCCGCGGAGAGCGUUUUAGCUGAGCUCUCGCGUCAAGGCAUCUCAGCCGUCCCUUCUUCUUCUUCCUCAUGUCCAAUCAACGGCUCUCGUCGUCUCCGCUGACGUGUCACUAAGCGGGAUCCCUGCAAAAGUAACAGCCAGAUGCGAUGACGUCAUGUGUUGCGUUCUUCUCCGUAUCUGACUGUCCGAAGCGGGAACUGAUUUUGGAUAGAGAGAGAGAGAGUUUAAUCGCUAUUUAUUCUCUCAUCAAAACAUCUGUUUUUGUUGUUAUUAUUAUUUAAGAAGAAUCGGACGGUGGAAAUGUGGGCCACGAUGUUAGUUCGAGGACCACAAAAUGGAAUCUGCGGAUGUACAUAGAUCUCAGACACGAGACUCUGACGUGUGUAUCUAUCUUUGUGUGUGGGACCCAUUGAAGAAUUUAAUAGUUGAGACUUUUUUA